UGCAGUUUUGCUUUUACUGGCUGUAAGUAGUUACUCGUUGAAAUUUCACACAAGGCACACGCUCUUUGCGGCAGUGAAGCUUCGUCCAUUAUCGAAAAUGCAGCGAUUUAUUUCAUUCUUAGUUUUCUUGCCAUUUGCUCCAGUGCUGUUGUUGAUGGUUCUAGCGUUUCGAGUUUAUCGGCAGGUCCUUUCAUACAUCCUUCGAGUGAAGCAUGGAGAUAGCUUUGUCGGGAUGCUGGACGGUCGAGAUGCCAUGUGGGGCUUAGAAGAGCAUAAGAACUGUGGAGUGGUGAACAUCGUGGCUUUUGUGGAAGAUAGCGCAGUGAAAGGUGAAGAUGAUUUACCUGAAAAGCUAAGGGGUAUAUUUGUGAAGAGAUUUGCAACGUUGAUUGAACAUAAGAGAGAUCAGUACAGAAAAGGACUGUUGAAACGAAAUCGUGCAUUUGGCUACUACUACUGGACGGAUGACCUCAACAUCAAGGCCGGCGAUUACAUCAGGCUUGUAGAACCUAAAUCAAGGGGCGUCAAUUUAAGUGAAUUGGAAAUACAGGAGCUUGCAGGUCGUAUAACUACUGCCAACCUGCCCUACAAUCAUAGUGCUUUAUGGGAAAUUGUAGUCUUCUCAAAGCCUAUUCUGGAUGAUAAACGAAACGUUCUAAAGUAUCCAGUAUUCCUGCGAUUUCAUCAUUCAAUGGGCGAUGGAGUUGCGAUUCUUCGGUUCGUAAUGGAAGAAAUCAUGAAUCCUACUGAAAUGUGGAAGUUUUCACCAAAAGUGGAUAGUAAACCAGGAUCCCACCAAACUAAUAACCUCUCCGUGUGGUUGAACGCACUUUACGAAUUUCCUGCCCAUAUUAUUAGAAUACUACUGAUCAGGUCCGACAAAAAUUCACUGGACACGAACAACAUCAGUCCGCACAAAAUGGUGUGCUGGCAAAACGAACGUUCAGUUUGCAAAAGCCUGCGCUGGUUGCCGUUACUCGAAAAAAUUCAAACUAGACAAUCUGGAGUGGCUUACAGUAGUGUAUUUCUCACUGCUCUAUCUGGAACGCUACACAAGUAUUUCGAUGCCAGAGGAGAACAUCCCGGUGCCCUGACAAUUGCUCUACCGAUCCGAAUGAAACAUGAAGAGGUGAAUCUGAAAUUGGAGAACGCGUUUGCAACCCCUAUGGAACGUAUACCGUUGAAGCCAUGUGUGCAGCUGGAUGAUCCAAGUCGACAACAGAAGUUGAUAAACAACUUGGCUGCUAUGAAACAGACAACCAAAAUCCUACGAUCAACAUCUAACUUACUGAUCACCCACCUCAUAACGAUCAGCUUGGCGGCAGCAUUCCCGAUGCCCAUCCUCAAAUACCUUUCCAAGUUGUUCCACAUCACGGCGUCGGUAUCCGCCAUGCCGAUGUUGAAGAAGAACCUCCAGGUUGGGCCGUACGAGCUCAAAGAUAUGAUAUUCUGGCCACCGGCAUUCGGCAGCGUAGGACUGAACUUCUCGCUGUUUGUCUACGGCAAUCAACUGCAGUUGGCACUGCUGGCCGAUGGCUCGGUGCUGGGAACGGUCCAGGAAGGGAUGGACCUGUUGGAGGAGAUUAUGCACGAGAUCGAGCGCAUGGAUACGGUUAUGGGGGAAUGAAGAUUCAGGAUAAUUCUGA